UGACUGGAAAUCAUUACCAAAAUGGAGGACGGUUAGACACAUCUGUCAAAAGUGUUUUUAUUAUCGUUUUCUAUUGUCAUCAGAGAAAUUGUGCAAUUAAAAAAUCUUCUUUACCCACGUACAAGAAAAGUGCACAAACAGUUGGAAUAUGGCCUCUAUGAUGGCAGAAAUUGUGUACGGGACAAAGGAAGAGGGUCAUGUCAUGUCUGAAAAAGUGACGCAGCUUGCAUCUUCUGUGUAUUCUGAAUUUGAAAAGAUGAUAAAGAAGUAUGACGAAGAUGUGGUAAAAGAGCUUAUGCCUUUAGUUGUAGGCAUCUUAGAGAGCCUUGAUCUGGCGUAUACAGAGAAACAAGAAGCAGACGUUGAGAUAGAAUUACUUAAAGAAGACAAUGAGCAGUUACUGACGCAGUAUGAACGAGAGAAACAGCUACGAAAGUCAGCCGAUCAGAAAUACCUGGAAAUGGAGGAUGAGAACCAGGAAGUGAAGAAGCAGACCGAGGAGAAGGUGGAGAGUCUCGAGUCCAUAGUUCGCAUGCUCGAGCUCAAAAACAAGAAUGCCUCCGACCACUUAACCAGAAUGGAGGAUAAGGAGUCCGAGCUGAAGAAGGAGUACAACAAAGUUCAUGAACGAUACACUGAGUUGAUGCGCACUCACAUGGACUAUAUGGAGCGAGCCAAGAUGCUCAUGGGGACUGAUCGGAUUGCAGAGAUGGCAAACAGUCCUAGAGCUAGCAUAGAUCGUGGUUCACGCAAGGGAAGCUACUCAGGGUUUUUCUAUCCAAGAUCAUCACAGUCAUCUCCCUUUGAGUUAGGCAUGUUCAAUCUGCCGAGUCUAAAGCAGGUGGGAGGUGUGAAUCUCACAGGCAGUGUGCAUCUCAACUCCACGGGCUCCCCUCCUGACGCUAGCGCCUUUGACAUGAUGUCUUCUCAUAGCGGCAAGGACUCAAACGUCAGCAUUAAGAGUGAACUUGGCAACCUUGAAUCACCGGACAUCCAUGCCAUCAACGGGCGGCAGGUUGUUUUGAGUACAGAGACAACAGACAGGGAGCAAAACACAGACAGGGUUGAUGUACGGGAGUUUGCUACUGCAACAAAAACAGAAGAGUCAAAGAAGGAUCUGAGUACCUCUGACCCAGCCCAAACCUCACAAGUUCAAUCUAGUCAGUCCAACUCAGGCCCUGAAACUCCUCUAAAAGCUGACACAGAGAAAGCAGUGUCGUACGUGCAGACUAAAAUUGAUACUCAGCUGGCAGGUGAAGUGCAAGACAGGGCUCAGGCAGUCUUGACUCAGGAAGACGCUUCUUCUUAUCAGUCUAAAGUUGGAUCUGGUGAUGCUACAAUCAGUGUUGAUAAUGUAGUAAAAGAUACAGAUAAUGUAGAAAGUUCAUUUACUAAAAACUUUGAUAUUUCUGUUGAUAUUGAGACUGGAAAAGAAAAUUUUACUCAAACACAAGGUACAGAACAUAACAAGGUAACUCUUGUAAAAGGUGACAUGGCAGAAACACAAAAAGUGAAAGGUAAAACGAGAUCUGUUGACAUUUCAACUCCAAAAAUGGUCAAAGUGACAAGCAAGAAAUCCAGUGUGAGUGUGAGACCACAGAAGAAGAGCUUAGAAGUGAAGAGCCAAGCAGCAAGCUCACCACAAGAACCAAUGUCUCCUGUAUUCGAUGAAAAUGAUUUCUCGUAUGAAGAGGAUUCUAUUCCUGGUUGUCCCAUGUACCUAGCACGGCCAGUCAUUCAACCAGGCCUUGAUGAAACCAUUGCUCACAUAGUUGCCACCACCCCUGAGCUGGACGAUAUGGAGGGAUCCAUGGACUCCACCGGCACUAACAAACCUCGCAAACAUAAUAACACUUCCAUCUAUGAUGAGCUCACCAUACAGGAUGCAGACUUGAUAGGUGACGUGGACUUUGGUGCUGAUAUUACAGGAAGGGCAGUAAACCCUGCAGAUUAUGCUUCAUCAGAUAGUGAUGAAGAGAAAGAGGAACGCAAUUCCACUGUCAGUGACAACUUCUUUGGUAUGAGUCGGGAGCUGGAGAAUCUCAUCCUGGAGAAUACAGAGUUACUGGCCACCAAGAAUGCCUUGAACAUUGUCAAAGAUGACCUGAUUGCCAAGGUGGAUGAACUCUCCAGUGAGCAGGAGAUCCUGCGAGAGGAGAUCAGCUCCCUGAAGGCAGUGAAGGACAAGCUGCAGGGGCGCAUCAAGGAGCUGGAGGAGGAGCUUAAGAAAACACGCGAGGAGUUGGAGGCCAAGGCACAACAGCAGCAGGAGGCAGAGAAUGAGGAUGAUGUACCAAUGGCCCAACGUAAGCGUUUCACGCGUGUUGAGAUGGCACGUGUUCUGAUGGAGCGUAACCAGUACAAGGAGCGCCUCAUGGAGCUCCAGGAGGCCGUGCGCUGGACAGAGAUGAUCCGUGCAUCACGCGAACAUCCAGAAAUCUCAUCAUCCAAGAAAAAGUCUUCAAUAUGGAACUUCUUCAGCAACCUAUUCAGCUCCCCCAACAAGCCUCAGAAGAAGCCUUUGCCCAUUGCCAUGGUGAAGUACAACGCCCCCACGACCAACUUGCAGCCCGUGGGUGACCCCAACCAGAAGAAUCGGGGCAAGUACCAGCUUGGAGACAAGAACAAGGCCUACGACUUUCUGCAGGACGACUUGAACAAAUCCCUGGGUGAACCAAUAGUUACACAGCCUGAUUUUACAAUGGCUUCUAUAGUUCUUAAAUAUAUCACGUCAGAGCGUGCCAAGAAGGAGCGCGAGAAGGAGCGCAAGGAGCAGUACAAGCAGGUGAGGGCCCAUGUCAAGAAGGACGAUGGCCGCAUGCAGGCGUACGGCUGGUCCCUGCCUGCCAAGUUCACACCCCAGAUACCGUCUGCAUCUUCAAGGAGCACUGUACCGGUGCCAGUGCCGGUGUACUGUCGACCACUGCUGGAGAACGAGCAGGGAAUCAAGAUCUGGUGUGCUGCGGGUGUGAAUCUCACAGGCGGGCGUACAAGGGAUGGAGGGUGCAUUGUUGGAGCCAGUGUGUUCUAUUCCACUCCCUCAGACGAUACCAUUGCCAAGCCAACAGAACAAGAUGCUUCAGAAAUUGGAAGGCUAGACAGAGAGUUAAAGGAUCAUGAGAAAAACCUGCAGCAGAUGGACAGGGAGCAGUUGUCUUCCCUUGUCUGGAUCUGUACAAGCACCAACACUCAGAGCUGUGUGUCCGUCAUUGACGCUGACCACCCUGGGGACGUCCUGGAAACAUUCCGGGUCUCUACUACACCAGUCCUAUGUAUAGCCAGUGUGGCAGGAGCCCUGGAGUCUGACUAUCCAGUGGAUGAAGACAUCCUGAGGGCGGACGCCUACCCCCAGUAUCCUGAGGCCCCACCCCCCUCUGCUGAGGGAGCCCAUGAGGGGGCGGGGGAGGAGCCCGGAAUAGGAGGAAUCUCUCUCGUACAGUGUGCCACGGGCAGCACCAUGGGUCAGAGGUCAGGGCAACAUACCCCUUCUGCCACUCCACCAGGGUCUAGAGAUGCCUCCCCCAGUAGAACGGACAUCUCAGCAGCUGUGACAGAGGCCCUAGCCAAACAAAAAGAGAAACAAUCGUGGUUGCCUAGAGAGGGGUCAGGCAGCCCCUUUGACAAAGGGUCACCCAUGGGUUCCAGUACCUCUAUCAAUAAACGAGCAUCCCUGGAGUCCAUCAUAGGGAAAAGGGCCUCACAGGGCUCCAUCCACUCCCUCGGAGAUACCCCUCAGGCUACUGUGUUCAAGGCAAAAGGUGAACCCGUCAAUUCUGGGGCUGCCACGCCUGACCUGUCUAGGAAAACAAGCAGACGAUUGUUUCAAGAGCCCUCCGGUCUUGUUAAAGAUGGAAUUAACUCCCUUGCCUCUGGAAAUGAUCUUCAGACAGAAGAGGUUGAAAAGAUGGGCAGUGUAUUGCCCACCAUGUGGAUGGGAACACAGAGUGGAAGCCUGUAUGUGCAUUCGUCCGUGGCCCAUUGGAAGAAGUGUCUACACUCUGUGAAGCUUAGGGACUCAGUGCUCAAUAUUGUGCAUGUAAAAGGCCGAGUACUGGUUGCAUUGGCUGAUGGGACAGUUGCAAUAUUCCAUAGACAUACAGACGGUCACUGGGAUGUGGAGAACUACCACCUCCUGGACCUGGGCAGGCCCCAUCAUUCCAUCAGAUGUAUGGCCGUCAUAGCUAACAAACAUGUCUGGUGUGGAUACAGAAACAAGAUACACGUUGUAGAUCCACAGUCCAUGUCUAUUGUGAAAAGCUUUGAUGCUCACCCGCGCAAGGAGAGCCAGGUGCGUCAGCUGGCCUGGGUGGGGGAUGGUGUGUGGGUGUCCAUACGGCUGGACUCCACCCUGCGCCUCUACCACGCCUACACACACCAGCACCUGCAGGACGUGGAUAUUGAGCCCUACGUCAGUAAGAUGCUAGGUACAGGCAAGCUAGGAUUUUCAUUUGUCAGAAUCACAUCUAUGCUGAUAUCGUGCAAUCGUUUGUGGAUUGGAACUGGCAACGGAGUCAUUAUAUCAGUACCCCUGUCUGAAAACAACAAGCAGGCAGUGUCACUGGGCUCGUCUGUGGGUCGCCCAGGUGGGCUUGUGCGGGUGUACAGUGAUAACAAGACAGACAAUGUCACCCCGGCCUCGUUCAUCCCGUACUGCACGAUGGCCCAGGCUCAGCUCUCAUUCCAUGGGCACAGGGACGCUGUCAAGUUCUUUGUAGCAGUACCAGGCAAGAAGCACAAAGGCCUGAGUUCAGCCUCAUUCAAUGUUGACAAUCAGGAGACAGAGAUCACAGACCGACUCAGUGAUGAUGGAUCACGACUGGUGUUGUCAGGAGGGGAGGGAUAUGUGGACUUCAGAAUAGUGUUCAACCUGCAGGUCCCAAAAGCAAGAAAGAUAUUUGGGUUUGGAAAAAGAGGAUUUAGAAGGGACGGUGAUGAUGACAUUGUAAUGGAGGAGACAGGUGAGGACCGGGAAGAGAAAACAAGUCUAAGCAAGGGGGAGAGAAGUCAUCUUAUUGUCUGGGAGGUAUCCUCACCUGAAUGACACAGAUAGAAUUGCCAAACUGGAUAGAUCUUAUGGCUUAAGAUGGAUGUUUUACAGGGCAAGAAUGGAAGCCUGUCUUGAAGAAAUUGUUGUACAUUGAACAAACAUACAUACAUCUCAUAAGAAAAGUAAUUUUGAUAUACAGGUGUGUGUUUUUUCAUUUCAAAGGUCGAUUGAAUACACAACUGAGAUGCAUUAAGACAAUAUUAGCGUUAGAUAAAAUUGAUUCCACUACUGUUCAUUUUGGAUGGGGGCACUCUACUGCAAUAUUUUCAGAUCUUAUGUACUGGAAUAUGCUGUGUUUUUACUUGUAAUUGCUUCUGUGACAGCUUUUACCAUGUAUAUUUUGGCAUGUAUUCUGAGCAGCAUGAUAUGGCUUGGUGUAUGUUGUAAAUUUGAUUAUAACAAUACAGAGCUUUAUUUACUUUUUUUAUUAUUUGAAGUGGCAAGUGUAAAAGUAACAAACUUUCAAUUGUGAUUGUUUAAUACGUUGAAAAACUGUGUAUAAUGUCGUUUCUGUUCUUUUAACAUCGCCGCAAUUGUAUUAAUAAAGACAUUGACCAUUUUACUUAUGGUAUCAAUUUUAAAUCUGCUGCAAAUAACUUUAACAAAACAUGUUGUUUUAUGAAUAAUUUUUAGUUUUCUAUUUUUCUCUGAGUUCAGUUUUUAAUUCUAUCUAAAUACAUUAUAAUUUAGUUAUACUAAUUGUUUGUAAAUACCUAUAAGGCCUUUCUAUUCCUACUUAAUAGUUAUUAAUAUUUCCAUAUGAAACAGAUUUGCAAUGAAUUCAAAAAUCCUGGUUAUUAGAUUGAGGUAUGGUGGGCAGGCGUCUGGCCCAGCCGCAUCAUACAGGUGGUUUUAGGUUAAUAACUUCAGUUUGAAUUUACCAAUCGUAUUGUAUUUCUUUUUGACCUUGCGGUCAAGGAUAAUCCAUGAAAGUGCAAGCACUUAUUUCCAAUGGGGUCCUUUGGUUUUUGCUGAAAAGACGUAAUGAAUAUACAUCUUUACGUAAUAAAAAGAAACGUAAUGAUUUUUUUGGUAUAGCAAGCUUGCAUGGCAACUUUAUCAGGGAUUGUAUAUGGAAAUGCUGUACUGAAAUUUGGUGUAUAGAUAGUUUACAUAAAGACCCAGCUCAUUAUUAAAAUUCAAAAUAGAAAAAUUUCUAACAGAUUUGCUAUCAAUAUCUUAUGUUUCAUUCACCAAUCUUGACCAAACUAAGGAAAUAGCAAUCUAACAUGGAGACACAGCUUUGGAUUGUUUAUGGGGCAUUUUGGGUUAACAUCAAGGUCACUGUUCCUAUAAAUGAAAAAUUGUUUAUUGUUCAGUCUGGUCCAGAGCUACUCUGUCUGCUAAUCAGAUCACAAUACCUUGCAUGUCUAUGUAGCAAACAGGGUAGCCCCUGACCAGACUGUGAGGAUUCACAUGUUGGCUUGAGCAUAGCUGGUUGCAUAUGGUAUGAGAUCCAUUUUUGCAGGAUGGGGGUUCAUGUAUCGGUCUAUGAAAUGCAACCUUUCUUUGUCUCUACUCAGAGAUGAUUAUAUUUACCAUAGCUAAUAUGCACAAUCAAAUACACACUCUUUGGGUCAAUCAGUACAUGGCAGUCAAUGCAUGUUGUGAUUUACUUGCUAAUAAAUAUUUAUAGGCUGAUCAGUAGCCUUUGUCAUUGUCCAAUACACUGUAUAAUCUGACAACUGAAUGCUUUACAAUGCGACCUGAUACUGCUAUGUUCAGGAUCUCCUGCUAUUGUGAACUGACCAAUCAGAAUUGGAAUUAUAGUAUUGCUUCUGCAAAAAAAUGUUAAUUUCUUGUCUUUGUUUGUAAUUAAUAAUGUGAUUUCAUCAACACAAUGUUAUAGACUGUUCACAAUGUAUGGCUUGUAAUUGAAAAUUAUUGAUUUAUAGUAUACAUUGAAUAGCUUUGAUUUUAUUUGAUUAAAUAUUUAUUGUUUAUGAAUAUUCAUGAACAGCACAAGUCACAGAUGCAAUAUUUGUGCAUACAUUAUUUAAUUUAUUCAAAGACCUAGAUAACCUGUUAUCUAUAGGUCUUUGAUUUAUUUCAGGAUAUUUAUUGCAUAUUGCUUGCAUAAUAAAAUACCUUAGUUAAAUGUAUGUUGGUAUUGGAAUCGUAAACUGUUGAUUUCUUUGUUGGUGAUUUUCUUUUUGAAAUUAUUUGUUCAAGUGCCCCAUGAUUAAUAUUAAAUGAUAUAAAUCCUAGAUUGUUUAAGAGUUACUCUACAUAUAGUACAGCAGAAACAAUGGAACAUAGCAACAAGGCAACUGUACAGCUAUCACCAACUACCGGUAUUAUACCUACAGCCAAAGAUUAUAUUAAUUAAAAGAUUACAAAAUAAACAGAGGAUAUUUCUGUGCAGUCAAAACAUUAUUUCUGUGCAGUUCUAAAAGUCAAAAAGUAAAACAAUUACAAGCAAGAAAUGCUUGGGAAAUCACUAGUUCUGUUGCUUGCAAUGUUUAUCAAGUCAAGGUUAAAACAUGAAUGUACUGUCUGUGGCAAGGUUUUUAUGCUUGUAUUAUUGUUCUCAGACUAUGAUGUUUCAAAAAAACAUCAAUCAAUAUUGUUGGGAAACCUAAUAAAAGAGCAAAAUACAUGUCAACAAGUGGUGUCUGGCAUGGAAAACAUCAGUAACCUUUGAUAUAAAGAAUAAAAAGAGAUGAAGUUUGCAUCACAACAACUGGUAAGAUGAGUUGCUGGACUGAUGAAUGAUUAAUAAGCCUUUUAAUAGAAUACCAAUAAGCUGAGAAUCAAUAACCGAGCUACCGGUGAUUCUUUGUUUUUCACUGUUCAUGGGAAAUGUAAAAGUGUAGAACAUGUCUUCUACAUUAAUGAAAUAAAGGAGUUGGGGCAGUAAUAGUCCAAUUAUAAGGGUAUUUGCAUAAAUUACAUGUAUAACAUGUUGAUUGACAAUUAUAAAAGCCUGUCACCUGCAUGCCAAAGGAUUUCCUCCUUGAAUGAAUUUCUAUGGAGCAGUUGAACCAAUUGCCAUUUACUCUAUUUAUUGCAUGUUCAAUUUUUUAUUAAGAGGUUUUUAAUUUUCUGCUGUAAGAACACUACUUCCAUUUAGAUAUAAAAUCACACAAGCAUUUUCCUGUAAAUGAUAAAAAUGAUUUAAACAUUUUCAGUGUUAAUGCCUUGCUUGUUUAUUCAUAUUGAAUUGUAAUAAUUAUAAACUCAUGUUCAAAAUUUUGUUUAUUGGUACAUAAUUUAAGGUUUUCCUAAUUUAAUAGUACAAAGUAUCUGUUAAAAUCAUACCCGCUUCGAAACCAGUACAACCUGUGCAAUUACAUAGAUGUCGGAAUGUAUUGACUUUGUAAAGUGUUUCUUUAUUGCUCUGUUUUCUGCCAUGAAAAAAUCUUGCAGUUGUAUAUUCACAGUUCAGUGUAACUCAAGAACAUCAAUAUGGCAUCUGUUAUUGACGUUAUACUAUGGUUUUGUGUGUGAAGAAUAUUAUGUUGAUGUCGAAUACAGACAAGUUUAUAAUGAGAGGCGUAGAAACUGAGGAUGGAAAGACUCGAGGCUUUGUGCAUUGCAUGAUCAUAUUUAUCUUUAUCCAAAACUCACCUUAUACACAUGUAAUCUAUUGACCCUAUUUUACUAUUUUCAUUAAGUAUAUAAUAACUUGAAAAUAUGUAACAAAAAAUGUUGGCAUCACAUUGGGUAUUUUACUUACUAUAAUCAUCAUGAUUCAGUGUGAUGUUACAUUGAAAUACAGUUGAUCAUUCUACAAAAUACUGAUGAAAUAAAUGUUAAAUUAAAAAUUGCAAUAGGAUAAUGCAAAUGUUAAUUAGUUAGGGGUUUGAUUCAGUAUUGUUUGUGAUAAACAACAUGAUAUUAAUAAAUGCUUUAUUAAAGUAUGUUAAUAGGAAUCCUAAGUUCAUCUUCUUGAUGACAAACUUGUGCAACUGUCAGAAAUUAUACCUUUGAGGAUGAUUGUAUGGAAAACUACUUAUAUGCUUAUUGGUUAAAUAUUUAUAUUGCUCCAGUUUCUCUAACAUGGUAUAGAAAUUUGACACUAUGUGUAAAAAACUUAUUUCAGAAGAAAAGUCUUUAAAUUAUCAGAUUGUUAAUCUAAACAAAGUACAGAAUUAAAAUCAAUGUUAUGCCUCUCAAAUUUCAUCUCUGACAAUUUGACCAAGGAUUUUUAAUGUUGACAAUUUGACAAGGAUUUAUAAUGUUUUCUUGCUGUUCAUUUAAUUUAAUGUAUUUAGCACUUUUUGUUUUCAGACUCGUUUCAAAACAUCCAAUAUUCAGAUACCAUAACUAUUAGUAUCAUCUUCAACAUUAUCAACAUUGUGAAGAAAAUUAGGCCACAGGUCUUUUGAGCAGAUAGUGUAUUACUUGUGUGAUUAAGACUAGUGUAAAUCUGACAUAGCCAAUCUACGAUAGUUGUACUUGACAUAAAUGAUAAAUGACAUUAAUGUGUGUGUAUAUUCAGGUUUGUAAGGCUUAUACCCUGUUAUUGAACACUGCUUAUACAUCUUUGUGAAAAAAGUUAUUUGUUGUUAUGACGAAAUAAAAAUGCAAAUAUGACCUUCUGUUCAUUAUUGGGGACGCCAUUCAUUACUGGGCACUUCAACGUGAUUGGGCAAAAAUUUAAGGUUUUGCUUUAAGUAGCUUGUUUAGUUUAUGCCAGUAAAUUUUGCAUUUAAUAUUCAGCCUUUUGUUCUUAGGAUUUGAUGUACAGUAUAUGUUUAUAUCUUGCUAUAUGUGUACUUAUAAAUUAUAUGCUGUUACUGUAAAACACAAAUAAAUGAGACAAACCAG